AGCGUAAGACAGACGGCUCCAAGGGUCAAAUUCUUGUUUUUUUUGAAGAUUCAAUGUUAUGAGGCCCACCCCACCAUUGAAGGUGUCAAUGACGAUGAACGCAAUUAGUUGCUGCAAGAUGUUUUAUUUCUUCAACCCUUAGAAACCAACUACACUGUCAGUUGUUGCAAAAUGUCUACACCAGCCGAAUACUAUCAUUCUUUACCACCUGUAAGCAAGGCCUAUGGGGUGGCCUGUUUAAUGACCACGUCCGCCUACUAUCUGGGUCUUUACAACCUCGGGAACAUAGCACUUUUUUACGAGGAUGUAAUUAAGCGGUUCCAGGUUUGGAGGUUGAUUACCAAUUUCUUCUUUCUUGGGCCAUUUUCAUUCCCUUUUGCAUUUCGUCUUAUAAUUAUAGCAAAAUAUGGGGUUUCAUUGGAGAGAGGACCUUUUGAUAAGAGGUCUGCAGAUUUUGUAUGGAUGUUCUUAUUUGGAGCACUCUCCCUUUUGGUGAUGGCUGCUAUUCCUCUGCUGUGGUCUCCUUUCAUGGGAGUUUCCCUCGUUUUCAUGAUCAUCUAUAUAUGGGGACGCGAGUUCCCAAAUGCACGUAUCAAUUUAUAUGGUGUUGUCUCACUGAAGGGAUUCUAUCUUCCAUGGGCAAUGCUAGCACUGGAUCUGAUUUUUGGGAACCCAUUGAAGCCUGAUAUUCUUGGAAUGAUUGCUGGACAUCUGUACUAUUUUCUAACAGUACUUCAUCCUCUUUCUGGUGGAAAAUACAUUUUGAAGACUCCUUUCUGGGUUCACAAAUUGGUAGCAUUUUGGGGUGAAGGGACACAAGUGAAUGCCCCAGUGCAGAGCGAUCCUUACGCUGGAGUUGCUUUCCGCGGAAGAAGCUUUCGUCUCAACGGUACCAGGACAAGCCCUACACAGGAAGAAGCACAACCAACAGGACGGCCUAAUAAUAGUUCAACUGAUGGAGUGGCUUUUCGCGGAAGAAGUCAUCGGCUUGGAGGCCAAUAGGAUCCUUUUCUUUUACGACUACCACUCUCUGCAUCGAACCAUGACUUCAUUACCUCGAUGAAAAUUAAUCUUAUAAUAAUAAUAAUGUUAUUAUUAUCUAUGAUGUUCCAAAUUUGUUUGUUAAUGUAGACAACUAUUAAUAUUAUAAUAGUCAAAGUUUACGAUUUAAGAGCCUGGCUUGGUUUGUAUAAAAGCCCAGCCUAUACCCAAAAUGGACAAGCCCAGCACUCUAUCUUAGGCCCAAAUGCUCAUUUCUCUAUACCAAUUUGGUAUUUGUAAUCUAAUUUUAUUAUUUUUAAUAUUCAAAAUUAGAUUAAAAUUUUACUAA